AUGGAUGUUGAAGGCUCGGCGCAGAGCAGAGGACGCCGCGCGGCAUCGGCGUCAGCAUCGAUCCUGGUGGAGGAGACGCCGCCGGCCACGCCGACUCCUCGCUCCUAUUUCUCAACGCCUUGGGAGGAAGUCGCCCCCGGCUUGGUCGACCUGCCGGAUCAGCCGCGGGCUUUCAAGGCUCGCCGCGACUUUGGCAAGAUCCGGGAGCUGCGCGAGGCUAUGGUGAACUCGCGCUCAAGGCAAGCGCUGGAGGAGAUUACCGGCGAGUGGGGGUCGGCGCACCUCGAGGAGUACCCGUCGGCAGAGGCGCUCGAGGAGCUGGAGAGGAGGCUGGACACGCCCGGUGGGAGGAUGCUCUUGGCAGAUUUGGAGGCGGCCUGCCAUAUCGCCAAAGUCGAGAUCGUCUACCGCGCAGAUAUUGGCCGAAAAUCUGCCAUGGACUCGGAGCUCUUCCUCCAGUCGCUGACGACUCGAGAGCUCGCGCUGUGGAUCAUCUGGAGGAUGGCCUGCCCGGCGCUCCACUACAUCCGCUGCGCUGAGGACGCCAAGGACCUCCUCGUGGCCCGCCCCGACCUCGACGCCCGCCUUGCACACUGCUCUGGCACUUACGGAUUCUUCGUCAAGUGCAAAGCUCCUCACCCUGCUGCCCCCGCCCCCUCCCCCUUCUUCAAGUACUUUGGAGAAGGCGAAGACAUCGCGGCGCACACAGCAGCACGGGGAGGAGAUGCGCGGCAUCGAGCGUGCGCAGAGGAGCAGCAACCCCGGCAGCGUCAAAGCGGCCACCUCUUCUUGGGGCUAUCAGGAGCAGGUGGAGGACUAGUGGGCCAUCGUGGCGACGAGGGGCCCGGUGGGCGCGGCGCUCGCUCACUGGCGCUCCCUUCGAAGGGGGGCGUAUUCGCGCCGGCAAACCGGAGCCACGACGAAGACGACGACGACGACGACCCCAUCGAGGGCUCCUCCGCGCACGCCCCUCAAGGACCUCGCGACUCCGCUGAUCCUAUCGCAGACAGCGAAGAGGACGAGGAUGAAGCAGUUGAGGUCAACAUCAAUGUCGACGUUGACAACGAGAUCGACUUUGCCGUUCGAGGUCGUAGAGGACGAGAGGACAAUCUGGCGGCGGGUAGACAUCUCGGCGGGGGAGACAGGAAGACGAUGUGGGAGUACCUGUUGCAAGGCGGAUUUGGAGGCAGGGUCGACGGUGGCAUCUUCAAAGUGAAAGUCUCGCCUGAGCUUCCGACUUUCGAGGUCAAGCUCAAUACGCAUUUGCGAGAUGGGCCAGCGACCCUUCGCUUCAGCCACGCUGGGUACGGAGUGGAGAGGGUGCAACCACGAGCGGCCAGCGCGGAGGCCUCAUACAUGCUCGGGUUGUUCAUGGUGCAGGUGGAUAACGAGGACAACGCAGUCGAGAUGUGGGCGCCAGAGGCAGAAGACGUCGGCCCUCAGUGGAGCGCUUUGAUGCACCCCUUGGCGCACGUCGCAUCCAUUGCGCGCAAGGAGCAUCUCAUCUUCACGGACGGGUGGGACGACUUGGCAGGGACGGGGGUGAAGCUGGCAGACGGAGGCUGCAGAUAUCGGCUACGACCGAGUCCGCAGGGCAGGGCGUGGAGCAUCGUGGAUUUGCCGGGCACCGCCUACGACUGGUGCGGAUACGGCAGAUUCGUCAUGCCAACGGACAAGACGCUGGUCGCGGAGGUCAAGAUCGACCACCUCAGCGAGGAUGGAAAUCCACAGAAUAUCAUCUUCACGCUGCCUUAG